AGUUAUUCAAAGAUGGUGGGUGGGUUCCCACUCCCAUCUCCAUUCUUCUACUCCUCCUCCCUCUGGUUUCCGUCUCAAAUGAAUCAUUCUCCUCCUCUAAAGAGAUUUCCAUCCAUGGUUACCUCUUCUUGGUAGAGCUACCGAAAAACAGGGGAAUUCAGUAACCAUGGAUUUCAACUGCACCAAGCGACGGAAGACCGACGACGACGCUCCUUCCCUGCCGCCGGCGGCCACUCCGAUGGACCUCCUACCGACGGAGAUCGUACAGGACAUACUUUCCCGCCUGCCCAUCACUUCAUUGGUCCAAUUCCGUUCCGUCUGCCGCUCCUGGCGCGUCCUUGCCGUCGACCCUGAACUCGUAGCUCUGUCCCUCCGCCGCGCCGCUCCCUGCCUCCUCCUCCACUGCGACUUCCCCAUCCGGAACCAGAUCUACUUUGCCGAUUUGGCCGCCGAGGACAGCAGGGUGAGGAGAAUUCAAGUACCUUUCUGGCCAUCCAUGUCCGAAUUCGAGGUAAUCGGUUCCUGCAACGGCCUGCUCUGCCUCUCCGAUUCGCUCUAUGGCGAUGCGCUCUACGUCUACAACCCGUUCGCCGGGAAAUUCACCCAGCUCCCCAAAUCGGAGCACUACGCCGGCCAAGAGGUUGCAUUUGGGUUCGGGUUUCAUCCACGGACCAAGGAGUACAAGGUCAUCAAAAUAGUGUACUACCGGGGCAGGGGCCGCCGGUCCAGUGGAUCGGGUCGACCUGUCGGGUCGCGGAGGAUGAUGUCCGAUGUCCAAAUUCUGACUCUUGGUUCUCAAUCAGGGUGGAGAACACAGCCCAAAGUCUCUCACCACUUCCUUGGCAGCAAACCGGGCGAGGCUCUGGUGAACGGUCGGCUCCAUUGGGUGACUCGACCCAGGCGGUGCAACCCGGUCCGACGCCUAAUUUCGUUCGAUUUGGGGGACGAGCAGUUCAGGGAAGUGCCUAAACCGGAUUGUGGCGGAUUGAACCGCUGCAAUCUCUCGCUCAUCGCAGUCAGGGACUGCCUCGGAGCGGCGGUUUAUUGCAACUACGGGAGGUUGGAGAUUUGGGUGAUGAAAGAGUACAAUGAGAAGGAAUCGUGGGUGAAGGAGCUGAGCAUUGGGGCUUACAUGCCCAAGGGACUGAAACAGAACGUUGAGAGGUCCUACAAGAUUUGGAGGACUGCCCUUAGCGGGAGGGUCAGGGUUUUGUGCGUCCUGGAAAAUGGGGAGAUUCUUCUCGAGUACAAGAGCAGGGUGUUGGUCUGUUAUGAUGGCAACAGUGGGAGGUUUAGGGAUUUGAAACUGCAAGGUUUGCCCAAAUGGUUCCAGGCUAAUGUUGUGGUUGGAUGCUUGAAUUGGAUCGACACCCCGAUUUUGUAAAUCUCAGAAAGGCUUCUCUUUGGUGAUAGUAGAUCGAGGAAGGAAGUUUCUUCUAAGCAGACGUCAAUCUCGACCAUCGAUCGUAUUAAGUCAGACUCAAUCAUUGUGAUAGGCGGUUCGUACGAAGCGAGCGAGUUAAGUAUUUACGGAAAAGUGGUAAAUGUCAGUUACGAUGUAAAUGUCGGUUACGAUGAUAACGUUAGGAGGAUUUUAGUUAGUUACAGGGUGUGAUUAGCUUUGAAAAGGCAUUAUUUUUACUAGGGUACAUGAUUGAUCAUACAUAUGUAUGUUGUUAUAUUUGUAAGUUUCUUUGUUUUUUUUUUUUUGGGUAGUAUUUUGUCUUUAAAUAGACGAUUAUUUGAAGA